CCACAUCAAGAUUCCGAUUGUUAUCUCUCCAAUUAAUUUAUUUCGCUUUAUUAAAUACCAUGAAAAUUUAACGACCUUUAUAAAUGCAUAUACAUAUACAUACUCAACGCAACCACUUAAGAAUUAUUCCAUUUUAUUGUGGGUUAUUCCUCCUUUCUCCACAUGAUGGAUACAUUCUCUUGUAAUUCUUAUGAACAAAAUCACGCACCGUUCAACCAUCACGAUGAUGAUGUUGAUAUUGAUGAUCACGAACAUAAUCACCGUGAUGGUGAUCAUCAAGAGGAGAGUGGAUGGACAACUUAUCUUGACGAUUUCUCAAAUCAAUACAGAACUCAUUAUGAAGAAAGUGAUCAUCAAGCAAAGAGUUCUUGUUCGCUUCUUGGUGGCUCUCCUUCUCUGAUCUCCGAUGCCGCCACCGAUGCCUUUUCUGGCCGGAGUUUUCCUGUUAAUUUUCCGGCGAAAUUGAAGUUUGGAAGAGCAAGAACCAAAAAGAUUUGUGAGGAUGAUUCUUUGGAGGACACGGCUAGCUCUCCGGUUAACAGCCCUAAGGUCAGUCAGGUUGAACAUAUUCAGACGCCUCCUAGAAAAAUUGAGGACUAUGUCUCUUCUGGUUUCGUUAUGGGAAAUAUGAGAAGCAUGAGGGAUCAUCAAAUCCAAAUCCAAGAAGGUGAUGAAACAAAAAUGACGAUGAUGAGGAAUCUUGGGGAAGGAAACAACAACAAUAAGAUGGAUUUAAGGAGUAGAGGAUUAUGCGUCGUCCCUAUUUCCAUGUUGUCUAACUUUCAUGGUCGCUUCUGAAUCAAUUCUAUAAACAUCCCUGUAAAUUUGUUGGAGUUUAUAUUCGUACCCAUCAAUUGUAUAUAUGUUUUUGUGUACAUUUUGAUGGGUAUAUGCUCAGUUACAUAUAUGUAUAGCAUUUGUGUACAUAUAUAAGUCCGUAUCGGUGGGAUACUUGUAAAGUAUCAACGUAUAUGCUUGUAAACAUUUCUAUACCAUCUCAUAAAGCUUUUGCAACUGCACACGAUUAUUUAUAUCUCUGAAA